AGAAUUACUGGGAAAACGUAAGGCCUGAGGAUUCUGUGGAUAGAAACUGUAUUAACUGCUUCUGCUCUUCUUGCAACUGAAACUAAAGUGCAAACUAAUGGCUACUACCAUCAUCAAAUGCAAACCGUUGUUUCCACUUUCUCCUUUGCCUAAACAAACCACUUCAUGGUUUUCCUGCAAACCCAUUUUUCACCCUUUCCCUUCCUUUCCAAUUUCUCCAACUGUGUAUCAGCGAGGACAUGUUGCAGUCUCAGUAUCCUUCAACCCCCAAGGCAACUUCGAUCUCUCUUUAUUUGAUGAUGAUGAUGCUCCUAAAGUUGCACCUCCUAAGCCUCCAACAGAAGGCCGAUUUGAGGUUGUCAUUGACAAUGAUGUCAUUAGUCGUCUUGACUUGUCACCUUUUCAAGCUGCAACAGGCAUGAAAUCCCCUUUAUCUGUUAAACCAAGGGAGUAUCUUGAGCGUACAAUUGGCUUUACCAUCAACUAUACCAAAGAAGAUCCUCAUGAUCCUCGAGAAUUUUCAGAGUAUCCUGAUAUUAGGCUAUGGUUUGUGAGACUUGAUGCUACUUAUCCAUGGUUGCCAGUUUUGUUGGACUGGAGAGCAGGUGAGCUGGCUAGGUAUGCUGCAAUGUUGGUUCCACAUCAGAUGAAUAUGAAAAUGGGAGUUGUUUUCAAUCCUGAGGCAUUGGAACUGUUUGUUGUGAAGAAAGUUUUUAUAGUGUAUUCCUGGUUGAAGCAUCACAACAUUCCCAAGCCUAAAUUAAAGGCCAGUGAUAUGGCUAGAAUGCUUGGAUUUGGAAUUGGUGAUGACCUAUAUGACUUAGUUGAGAACCAUCCCCUUGAUCUAUCAAUUUGAGAAUUAGUACCCUAAGCAUAAGAAUAUUUAUGUUGUUCUGUUGAUCCAAUAUCUGGUGAAGUGUAUCACCAUUUUAAGAGUAACUAGACUUGCAUAGGAGCAGUGAAAUUUGUAUAGCAUGAGAGAGACAUCAAGAUUAAAAAAAAAUGGUGCUAAUGAUCUAGUUUUUGAAAAUUUAAGCAACAUCAGAUUAAGGGUUUGUCUAAUGCUAAUGCUUUCCAAGAGUUUCAUAAUUGGAAUUCACAGAACAACUACCUGUUAGUGCAAAUUUAGAGUACUCUGCGCGAUGUAUUUUUUUGGGUAGUCGAAUGUUUCUACACUACAAUUCUAUUUACUCAAUUCACGUAUGAAUAUAAAUUUGUGAGUGGAAAUAAAGAGAAGGAAAUUUGCAAAU